AUGUUCUCGCUAUGGAGCGAACUUCAUAUCCACCUCGACACCCGUCUGCAAGAGGGCCAACUGAUUCGAUUCAUGACCCAGUACCUUGGACGUGCUCAAGGGCAACCUCUUUCACUGACCAUCUCCGUCCACAGCCCGAAACGUUUCCAGCUUCGACUUCCAGCUCUCCGAGACGCUCAGCAGUUCAUGAACUGGAUGUUCUAUCGCUGGCCGUUGAUUUCGACCAUCCGACAUCUGUCUAUUGUGUCGGAUUACGCUUGGUCAGAUCUUCUGGACAUCCAACAUCCCACAAAGGUGGCGGAGCUCGAGUCGCUCGUCCUGAAAAGCUCGUCUCCGCCCAACGGACCUGCGCCUCAUGGCUCACUUGGCGGAAUGUGGUUAGGGAAGGGGUUGAACCGGGCGCCACGCCUCCGAAGGAUCAAGCUCGACGAGAGUGUCCUCGGCGACAACCCUGCCUCGCUCUCCAUUCCGUGGUCGCAAUUGACCCAUAUCUUCCUUCAGGAGGCUCUACCAGCGCCGAACUGGAUCCUCCUCCUCCAGAAGUGCACCGCUUUGGAGACGGGAUAUUUCUUCGUCUCUGACUCGUUCCUCCAUCAAUUGAGCGGAUGUCAGACGCAAGAUCAUGCCACCCUACGGGACCUGAACAUCAAUUUUAUCGAGACCACCCCCACAUCUUUGCAAUUGCUCCGCCAUCGCCGCUUUCCGAACGUAGAACGGCUCGCUAUCACCUUCUUGGAGGAUAACGAGCUUGCGGAAGAUCUAGAACAGCCUUUCGACUUAUAUUCUCAUUACCCCAGUCUUUCAGAUCUCGCUCUCUUCUCGCAUAGAGAGUGUCCUCUGGACGUUCCAUUGUUCCUUCAACAUAACCCAUCCCUGAAAACGCUCCGGAUCUCCAUUCAAGUGCGGCAUUACAAGAAAUUCUUUCGAUAUCUGUCCCUCAGGAGCCCCUCCGAUCCAGAUGAAUCAAAGGGUGUCCUUCCCCAGCUGUCGUCUCUCAUCGUUCAAAUAUCUGAUGAAAACGCCGCCACAGCACUCACAGGCCGCUACCGGGCUCAUGUGGCCACCAUGAUUCGUUCAAGAACCCAAAAGGCCGGAAACACGAUUUCUCCCAUACGAUACUUUCGUCUCAUGAUGAGCGUCCCUGACAAUGUAGCAAGCGAGUUUAAAGAGAUCCUCGAUACAUUCCAAGAGGUCGGCCUAAUGUACAGGGUGGAUAAUUACCUCGACGGUGUUCCCCCUCUCGCGCCCGCAAUCGACACUAUGGACUUCUGA